CCGGGCCUUCUUUGAUCGCUGCCUGCUACCGUUCCAUCUCUUUCACCGCUCGUCUCCGUGCCGCCAUUUCAGCUCCGCCGUCGGCUUCUCACGGCGUCUGAUCUUCUCCGCACUGCCAUCUCCACGCAAUCGAUACCCCACCGCGACCGCUCGGCGCCGUGCCACUGGGGUAGGUUUGGGUGUCUCUGGGAUUUAACCUGUCAUUGGAAGCAGGUCACUGUCAUAGGAGUGGAAGCGGAUUGUUCUGAGUUGAACCAUGAGAGUUCAGAUCCAUGAAGCGAAUUCCUCCUUGAAACUGAUCUUCUUUGGCGGGAAAACUCUCAACUCACCACUUCACCUCCUUAACAAAAACAUAAACUUUCCAACCAUGGGUCACCGUAAUCUAAAGAUAAAGUGCAGUGUUCGCUUUCGCCCUUGUAUUGAUAUACACAAGGGAAAAGUAAAGCAGAUUGUUGGAUCCACUCUUCAAGACACGAAAGACGAAAAUGCAAGUCUUGUAACCAAUUUCAUAUCUGAUAAGUUGGCUGCAGAAUAUGCUAAGAUUUAUAAAGAUGAUGGGCUCCCAGGCGGUCAUGUAAUCAUGCUUGGAGCUGACCCGCUGAGCCAAUCAGCAGCAAUUGAAGCCAUAUGUGCUUAUCCUGGUGGCUUGCAAGUUGGAGGCGGUAUCGAUUCAAACAAUGCAGCCAGUUACAUAGAAGCCGGAGCAAGCCAUGUCAUCGUUACCUCUUAUGUAUUCAAGAAUGGGAAAAUGGACACUGACAGACUAAAGAAGCUUUCUCAAGUUGUUGGAAAGCAGAGACUUGUUUUAGAUCUCAGUUGCCGUAAGAAGGAGGGUAAGUAUGUAAUUGUCACAGAUAGAUGGCAGAAGUUUAGUGAUGUACAUCUAAAUCAGGAAGUUCUGAAUUUUCUUGCCCAGUAUGCGGAUGAAUUUUUAGUCCAUGGAGUUGACGUUGAAGGAAAGAAGCUGGGAAUAGAUGAAGAGCUAGUGGCACUGCUUGGCAAGUAUUCCCCUAUUCCAAUCACAUAUGCUGGCGGCGUAACUGAAAUAGCGGAUUUGGAGCGGAUAAAGAUAGCAGGGAUGGAUCGUGUGGAUGUUACAGUGGGAAGUGCUUUAGACAUAUUUGGUGGAAACAUGGCAUACCAAGAUGUUGUGACUUGGCACAGACAGCAGGAACAUUUGGCAGCUUAACGGCUGGGGAGGGGGGUUGGCCCACCUCAGGUCUAAUCUACACCUUAUAUACCUAUUUUUCAAAUGAUGUGAACAGUUGUUAAAAAAUGAGGCUAUUAAAUUAGAUCUUGAAUACCGAGCAUUAGACUUGCUAUAGGCUCGUAUUUUCUCUGUCACGGCCUAUGUUAUCUUAUUUUUUCAAUACAUGAGGCGCACCAUGGUUCAUCCAAAUUUUGUGUUGGAAGAAUUAAGAUGUAUUCGUUUGAAUUUUGAGCUCUAUCUAUUGCACAAUUGCACUAUCAGUUUGAAGUGAGUAGGGUAACUUGAAUUUGACUGUUUUC